CCUUUUGAUUUGUUCUCGGGCAGCGGCAGCCACACAGGACGGACGUCGAAGCGACUUUAUUUCUCUUCUACUCCGGCAACUGCAAGCUUGACAUAUGCCCUACUUCUCCUUGAGGUACUUCCUGGAAAGGAAUCACGUGGCCACCAUUUAAAACUGGAAAUACAGUUAAAGCCGUGGCGAUCAUGCUUCAGGGAGAGGCAGUCAUGGCGACUGGGGCCCCUGUCAAGGAGCUCUGCGAAGAAGCAACUUGUCCCAUCUGCUUGGAAUACUUUAAAGACUUGGUGAUGAUGGAUGACUGUGGGCACAGCUUCUGCAAAGCCUGCCUGACACGGUACUGGGGGGAGUCUGCAGAUGCUUCCUGCCCUCUGUGUACUGAAGCUGUUCAGCAACUGGAGGAAGGAGAGAAAGAAGGGGGCAUCCGGGAGAGGCACCAAGAGUCCCUGAAACUCUUGUGCAAGGAAGAGGACGCUCUCAUCGGCUUGCUGCGGGACCGUUCCAGGGAAUCGUGGGAACAUAGUGAGUUUCCUGCUGACGAGGCAUCCCAGGAGUAUAAGGUGACUGAUAGCAGCAAUGCAGGCACCAGCAAUGGCCGUAAAGGCCGUGGUGUCUCAUGGCGGCACAAGGAGACCUUGGAUCUCCUGGACAUCUGGGGAGAGCAGAAGAUCCAGGAUCAGCUCCGCAGCAGCCACCGAAACAUAGACUUCUUCGAAUACAUCGCCCAGGAGAUGGCAGCCCGAGGUCACCGCCGCACUGCAGUCGAGUGUCGCUCCAAGACAAAAGUCAUGAGACUGGAGUAUAAGCGUGUGAUUGGUCAUAAUUCCAGGCCUGGGAGCAAUAAAGUGACUUGUCCAUUUUACAAGCAGCUACACCGUAUCCUUCGUGGGGACGCGAGUGUGAAGCCCAAGCGGGUUUCCCGCAGCCUGAAUUUCAAGCGUGGGGCUAGGCAGGGAGCUGCCCCAGAGCCCCCGAGCACAGAGGAGCAUCUUUCCCAUGCAGAUCUUCCCAUGAUCAACAUUGGAGAGUAUCUCAAGGAAGAGAGUCCUGACAACACAGGUGAUGGAAUGGUUUCUAGUAAUGGAGCCGAGGAGGAGAUGGCCGAAACAGAAGGUAUCAACAUCAUACAAGUUGAGGAGGAAGGCAGCAAUGAAGGCAGUGUAUUUGCCCUUGUAACCAUGCCUCGAAAGCGUAAAUCCAAGGCAAUUGCAGGUGAUGCAUCGAAGAAAAGGAAAACAAUCACGAUUAAAACUAAAGUGGAAAUAAUAAAGCGAUCGGAGAGAGGUGAAACGCCAUCGGUCAUUGGGAAAGCAUUAGGCUUUAGUCGAUCAACAGUCGGAACAAUUUUAAAGGAUAAAGUGAGAAUAAUGGAGCAUGUGAAAGGCUCUAUUCCGAUGGGAGCUACAAUUAUUACUAAGCAACGCAGUGGUUUAAUUAUUGAAAUGGAAAGGCUAUUGCUGAUUUGGUUAGAGGAUCAAAAUCAGCGCAACAUUCCGGUUAGCCUAGCAUUAGUGCAAGAAAAGGCUCGAAGCCUUUUCAAUGAUUUAAAAACUGCACGUGUAGCAAGUGAAGGUGAUUGUGAUGAAGAAUUUGCUGCGAGUAGGGGUUGGUUUAAUCGUUUCAAAGUGAGGGCAAAUUUACAUAACUUUAAAGUGCAAGGUGAAGCUGUAAGCGCCGAUGUAAGUGCAGCAACUGAAUAUCCCAAAAUGUUAAAGAAAAUUAUUGAGGAGGGAGGUUAUGUGCCAGAGCAAAUAUUUAACGUAGAUGAGACUGGUCUAUUUUGGAAAAAAAUGCCUGAAAGGACCUACAUCGCAAAAGAGGAAAAAAAUGCUCCAGGGCAUGAGGCAGCGAAGGAUAGGCUGACGUUAUUGCUUGGGGGUAAUGCAUCGGGGGAUUUUAAGCUCAAGCCUUUGCUUGUGUAUCGCUGCCCAAAUCCGACGGCACUUCGUCGUAUUAUUAAGGCGUCUCUUCCCGUAAUUUGGAAGUCAAAUUUAAGGGCUUGGGUGACAGUUGCCAUCUUUGAAGAUUGGUUCUUGAACCAUUUUGUCCCUGCUGUGGAACGUUACUGCUUGGACAAGAAAAUUCAGUUUAAGAUCCUCCUUGUGCUUGACAAUGCACCCGGACAUCCGAGCUCUUUAGAUGACCUUCACCCCAACGUAAAGGUCGUGUUCUUACCCCCCAACACCACAUCGCUACUUCAGCCAAUGGACCAAGGAGUCAUAGCCACCUUUAAAGCCUAUUAUUUACGGCGUAUCUUCUCACAAGCAGUCAGGGCUGUGGAAAACAGUGUGAUGAGCUUAAGGGAGUUCUGGAAAAAUUAUAGCAUCUAUGAUGCCAUCAAAAAUAUUGCUGAUUCUUGGGAUGAAGUGAAGCAGUCAGCCAUGAAAGGAGUAUGGAACAAAGUGUGCCCCCAGUUCACCAAUAGUUUUCAGGGCUCUACAGAUGACAGUGUUGCUGAAGCCAGACAAGCUGUGGUUGACCUUGGCAAUGCACUGCAUUUGAACAUCAGUGAAAAGGACGUUGUAGAGUUACUCAAGUCCCAUUCGGAAGAAUUGAGCGACGAAGACCUUAUGGAGAUAGAGGAACAACUGAAAGCUCAUGAGGAAGAACAGGACAUCGAAUCUCCAGAACCAAAAAGGUUUGUGACAAAAGAGUUAGCCGAAGGCUUUCGUCUCGCCGAAGCAGCGAUGGCAAAGUUUGAGGAGCAAGAUCCUAACACGGAGAGGUUCACAAAGGUUUACCGUGCAGUGACCGAGGCCCUCAGCUGUUACAAGGCCAUUUAUGACAAGAAAAAGAAGAUGGCCGUACAAACAACCCUUGAUGCCUACUUCAAGAAAGCGACUUCAGUGGUGACCCCCCCUCUCUCCAGCAACCGAACCAACCCCUGACUCUCCAGCAGCAGAAUCGCCCCCCCUCCAGCAGCUGAAUCAAAGCCUGGCUCUGCAGCGGCGCAAUCCAAGCCUGACGCUCCAGCACCAGUCCCAUCUCCACCAUCAUCCAGUUAAUGUUAGGCUUAAUGUUACCUCAAGAAAGCCCCUUCCAGUAUGCAGGACAUCGAUGGAAUGAGAGUAAGUGUUACCCUUUAAUAAUCUUCUUACUUGUUUAAAAUCUAAACUGUUUUAGGAACUAUUUCUUUAUAUAGCUAUAUUUAUAUUACAGUUCUGUAUACUUACACAUGUACAUACAGAUCCUCUUUUCAGUACCUGUAGUUACUUUAUUUUUACUGUUUUUAUUAUAAUCAUUACACUACUGUAUUGUGUUUUAAGAUGUUUUAGAGUAUAUGGAAGUGUUUAAGUGUUCUAUUUGCAUAGAAAGCUAAAAUAUAUACAUAUACAGAGACAAACAUUUGGCUUAUUCAUGCUAAAUCUGGCCCGUACGUACGUGAUCCGACUUACAUACAGUUCGACUUAAAGACGUUCUCAGGAACGGAACUCGUUCGUAACCCAGGGACUGCCUGUAUUUAUAGACCACUAAGUAUAAUAAAAUCCCUGAGUGCUUUAUAUAUAAAUAUUAAAAAUACAUGUAAAAUGUUAUGGUUAAGGUCAUAUUAAAAUACGAUUUUAAAAAACAAUAACACAAUAAGGCAAUGUCAGGAACAGGAAAAUGGAGUAGAGAUUAAUUGUAUGCUAUGGAAGGCCUGAGGAACAAGUGAGUUUUCAGGAGCUUUGUUUCCAUCUUUAUCGUGUUGUUUCAAAGUCCUACAGUUCCCAGCAUGCCCAGCCAGCCUAGGCCCCUUUUCUGGCCAAGCACACAUGGGGCUGCAAUCUGGUUGUGAAUGUGAGUCUCCAGAUGGAGAGGCUCAUGGGAUACUGCACUUCUUGCUGGGUAUUUUAUGGCCACCUGGGUUUAGUGCUGGGUAGGGGGAAGAAAGGAGGCCGGGACACCAGCAGGAACCAGCGUGACUCUGGUCCUUACCACCUUUCCUUCCUGCCCUGCAACAAGCCCCUUCUGUCUUCUUCUGAGGCCCCUUGUGGCUGGAGGGGCAGCUGGUGCAGUUCCUUCUAUGCUGUCUACAACAGGAUGGGGCAAGAGAUCUCAGGAUUUCAGAGCGGGAAUUCCAGAGAAUCCUGUGGCCACCCAGAUGCUGUUGGGAGGCCAUGGAAUUGCACCCUAGGUUACUUUUUUCCUUAGAUAUCUCAGAUCCAAGUCUGUGUGCUAUAUGGGAACAUGGCUAUAGCACGGCUUCUUUUUCUAGUUUUGUUUACUAAGUGCAAGCAAGAUAAAUAUGCUAGAUUUGAUCACUUCUGGACAUCAGAUAAUUUUCUAGUUCAGCCUUUUCUGAAAAACUGACAGCAAUAAGGGCGUGAUCCCAUGGUCCUGGGAGAGCAUUCCAGUGACCAUAGGAUUUUUCAGUGUCCUCUUUUGGAACCUGUGGCCUUAGGAGGCAGCUCUGUGCUUCAGUCCCUCCACCUCUGUCCCCUCCCAGCCACUGCUCUCUGAGGUUGCAAAGUGGUCUUGGAUGACCUCACAGAGGUGGAAACAGGCAUUUCACUGAGCAAGGAGGAGAGUGUGAGAGGAGAAGGCAAGGCCUGCUGAACCCUAUGAUUUGCCCGUUGCCUGUCUCACUGGUUUGGAGUGGGAGGGGAUGAGGAAGAAGAGGCAAAAUGGCCUCUGUCUUCCUUCUGUUCUUCCAGCAACAGCCCGGGGGGCAUAGGAUUUGUGGAAGACUUCAGAUUUGGACACUUCCAUAUAAUGGGCAGCAAUCCCAGUGGAUUGCACCCUAGAUACCUUUUACUCUAAAUUUUUGAAUACUUUGAUGCGUGCACUGGUGCCUACAAUGUAUUUGUUCUGUGCUGCCUUUGGCAGGGCAAUUUAAGGCAGCAUUUCUCUUGUGCAAACUCAGCUGUUUUGCUCCUAAAUUUCCUUUUG